GACGAUUACUUCCUCCGAUCAGCCAUGUCAACUGGCAAUUGCUUCCGUUGUCAUCAACCAGGCCACUGGGCCAACAACUGUCCUCUCAAAACCACUACGAAACCCACCUCCGCGGCCGCCGCCGCUUCUCUGCCCGUCAUUCACUGUCCAUGUAACGCCGGAGCUUGCAACAUUUUGACUUCCAAAACUGAGAAAAACCCAAACAGGAGAUUCUACACAUGCCCAAGCUGUAAAUUUUUUAAGUGGUGUGAUCAAGUGAGUAUCAAAUCGGAGCCAAUCUCCGAUCUCCCUACUUGUCCUUGUGGCGCAGGACCUUGUAAAAGAGUAACAGUCAUCGACGGACCAAACGCUCAACGUUCUUACUUUGUUUGCUGCGUUAAGAAGGGUUUUGGGGAUUGUGGAUUCUUUAAAUGGGAGGAUGAUGUUCAAAUUCAAUCUGAAUCUGAACAAGUAGAGAAUGAUGGCUUUUCGGGUUUUGAUGAGAGUUUGCUACACGAAACCGAGUUGGAUUCUGAUGGUAAUGUGAAAAGGAACAGACUUGGAGUUGUGGUUGAAUCAGAAUUGAAUCCAACUUCAUCUAGUGAGUCUACGACUCUUGGAAACAGAGUUGUUGAUACUCUUCCAAUGAAUGCAGUCACUGUGGGAAAAGGACCGCUUCCGGUUUUCGCAGGUUUCAACAAUCAAGAUACGGUCUCCAACGGUGUAGUUGCCUCUGCAAAUGGCAUUGUCCCUUCAUUUGAUUUGAUUACACUAUAUGACGAUGCGGUUCGCCUUGAGACGGAAGAGCAAGUACUCCCUUCAGUUGCCCCUAAACAUCUUGAUCCUCAAGUGGAGGCUUUGUGUGGUAAAGACAGUUAUGCAACGGAGGGAGUAGCGGGUCAUUCUCAGAACAAAAGCGAUCCAGUUUUGAAUGGUAGCAAAAAACCUGAGCAUUUACAUCAAGGAGCUACGAUAUCUGGUGAAACCGAGGCCUCAUUUUCAGGUAGCUCCUCCAUGAUGGAACUUAUUGAGCAAUAUGACUCAGAGAAGCUCUGUUUCGAGAGUAUAUCUAUGAAACAUGUUGAAGCGUUGACUGCCUAUACCGGUUCCUACAAACAAUUAGAGUCGCUUCGUGGUAGAGCACAUAAUCUCAAGAAGCAGCUACUUGAAGUAGAGAAACAGGUGAAGCUUUGCGAGGCUGAGACCUCGGAAUUUGCAGCAAGUCUUAAAGAAGUUUCUGGUGAAAUGGCAAAAUCCCAGAAGAAAAUGGUGGAGAUGGCAGGGAAAGUAGCUAAGGAAGUGAGAGUAAACAAGCAAAGGGAUUCCGCAGCUCCGUAGAUAAGAAGAAGAAGCUGAGAAUGGACUUAUCUUCCACAUGAAUGUUUCUAUAAUAUGUAUAUUGAAGAUGAUCGAUGUUUUGUAAAACUUAUGUAUUAUUUAGGGCUAAGCAUUUUGUGAAAUUCCUAUCAAACUUGUAGUCUUUUCCCUUUCCUUGAAUCAGAUAAUGAAGUUAACUACAUUCA